GGAAAUAGAUCAAGUUCCUGUCGAAAGAUCGAAACGCGGUUUAGUAAGGUCAUUUGGAGAUUGGAAUCACUUCCUGUGAGUUGAUCCACGUUUUCGACUUACUUUUUACGCAUAUCCACCAUGCCGCCGAAGAAGUCGAUGGAGGAGACGGAUCGUUUGACCCGUAUAGCGAUCGUGAAUUCCGAUAAAUGUAAACCUAAACGAUGUAGGCAAGAAUGCAAAAAGUCUUGUCCUGUGGUACGAAUGGGAAAACUUUGUAUAGAAGUUAAUCCCAACAGUAAAAUAGCAGCCAUCUCGGAGGAACUAUGCAUUGGCUGUGGUAUUUGUGUCAAGAAAUGUCCAUUUGAAGCGAUAUCUAUCAUCAAUCUUCCCAGCAAUUUAGAGAAGGAAACGACUCAUCGUUAUUCGAAAAACUCAUUUAAGCUUCAUAGACUUCCUAUUCCACGUCCUGGUGAAGUUCUAGGACUUGUAGGAACUAAUGGGAUUGGUAAAUCAACUGCUCUGAAAAUUUUAGCUGGCAAGCAGAAGCCAAACUUGGGGAGAUAUUCUGAUCCACCAGAUUGGACAGAAAUUCUGAGUCAUUUCAGAGGUAGCGAGCUGCAGAAUUAUUUUACCAAAAUUUUGGAAGACGAUCUUAAGGCACUCAUUAAACCUCAGUACGUUGACCAAAUUCCCAAAGCCGUGAAAGGUACUGUGCAGCAGCUUUUAGAUAAAAAGGACGAAUGCAAGAAUCAAAUGGAAAUAUGCGAAAUGCUUGAUUUGCUACAUAUACGUGAUCGAGGUAUCGAUGCACUUUCUGGUGGUGAGCUUCAGCGAUUUGCUUGUGCAAUGGUAUGCAUCCAGAACGGAGAUAUUUUCAUGUUCGACGAGCCUUCUUCCUAUCUAGAUGUCAAACAGCGUCUCAAUGCUGCCGUGACUAUUAGAUCUCUCAUUCAUCCUGACAAGUUUAUAAUAGUAGUGGAGCACGAUUUAUCAGUUUUGGACUAUCUGUCCGAUUUCAUUUGUUGCCUAUAUGGCGUUCCCGGGGCAUACGGCGUUGUUACCAUGCCUUUUUCCGUGAGAGAAGGAAUAAAUAUUUUCCUCGAUGGGUUUGUUCCUACGGAAAAUUUACGAUUUCGCGAAGAAUCUCUCGUGUUCAAAGUGGCAGAAAGUGCCACCGAGGAAGAAGUGAAACGCAUGAACCACUACGAGUACCCAGCUAUGGCAAAGACAAUGGGAUCGUUUAGCUUGAAAGUCGAGAAAGGGCAGUUUACCGACUCGGAAAUACUUGUUUUAUUGGGGGAGAAUGGGACUGGUAAGACAACAUUUAUCAGAAUGUUAGCUGGCAACUUACCUCCGGAUGAUGGAUCAGAAAGUAUUCCUCAACUUCACAUCAGUUAUAAACCACAAAAGAUAAGCCCUAAAUCCCAAGGUGUCGUGAGACAGCUGUUACACGAGAAGGUCCGAGACGCAUACGUGCAUCCUCAAUUUGUAACUGACGUAAUGAAACCUUUGAAGAUUGACGAUAUCAUGGAUCAAGAAGUGCAAAAUCUCUCUGGUGGAGAGUUACAACGAGUCGCUUUAGCUCUUUGCCUUGGAAAGCCAGCUGAUGUUUAUCUAAUUGACGAGCCAUCCGCAUAUUUGGAUUCCGAACAACGUUUGGUUGCUGCAAAGGUCAUCAAGAGAUUUAUAUUACAUGCAAAGAAAACAGGAUUCGUAGUGGAACACGAUUUCAUCAUGGCUACAUACUUGGCUGAUCGUGUAAUAGUAUUUUCUGGUACACCGUCCUUAGCAACCACUGCUCAUAGUCCUCAGUCUUUGUUAAACGGUAUGAAUAGAUUUCUCGAACUAUUGGGCAUCACUUUCAGAAGAGAUCCCAACAAUUUCAGACCAAGAAUUAAUAAAAAUCAAUCGGUAAAGGACUUGGACCAGAAGAGAGCUGGACAGUACUUCUUUUUGGAAGAAUAAACUACACUGCGUCAUCUUGGUGGCGCAAGUCAAAUGCACGUAUAAAUUAUUGUCGAGGAAAUUUUUCAAUCUUUAUACUUUUUAAAUGCCAAGAAUAUGAAUGUACGAUUGAUCGUAUUGAGAUAUUAACGCUAGACGUUCUAUAUGAAUCAUUAUUUUAAACAUUAUUCAAUGGAAAAAUGUCACUUUAGCUGAAAGAAAAUAAUUUUAUUCCGCCAAUAAUGCAAAAUAUGUAAUACAUACUACUAUAGGAUACUUGAUUUAGUAAAUAUGCAAAUUAUUUGAAUAUGGAUUAUUUAAGGAUAAAGUUGAGGAUGUAAAGAUGAAUUUCUCACAAGUAUAUUCGUUAAUCUAUAUAAUUUGCACAUAUCUAAUAUAGAGUAAGAAGAUUGUAAUAUCCCUUGAACGUAUCUACAUGUACAUCCACUAUAAUAACGGAAUAAUAUUUAAUUGCAAACAAUAUGCAAAGCACUUGUCCAAUUGUCUUUUAAAAUAAGGGUUAUUUUUCAUUUAACGCUGACGAUGGUUUGAUGAACAGGGGGAGCCGACGGAAAAAGACAUCUACACUUGGAAAGGGUUUUAUAUACAUGUAUAAUGAUUAAAAUAAAAAAUAUAUAAUC